AGUCUGUGGGAGAGAGAGAGGGAAAGGAAACUUCAGCGUGAAAUGUUGGAUAAAGUCAAUGUAGAUGUAGGCUAGUGAUUUAAAUGCGCCACCAGAUGGCAUUGGCGAGUUUUGGAUAAAUUGGGAGAUCAAGGCAAUGUGUGUGUUUUGACCCUUCACUGAUGCCGUAGUUUCCUCUGUCUUCCAGUGCUGGCGCCAUUGUGCCUUAUGUCCCAUUGUAUUUCAUGAAAGUAAGACGUUUGUUCAUGGCUCCCAGCAUCAGAGUUGGUAUAUGGUGACUGAAUAUUGCCAUCCAGUCUAUUUGUUAAGCUAAACGGGCUGCUAACAUGUUUACAAAGAGUUUGAGCAAAGUUUAGUGUCCCGCAGACGUCAAUGUUGAAGAUCUUCACCCUGAGAAGCACGAUCCCCUCCACGUUAAACAGGAGGAGGAGUCCGACAUGCCGUGGAUCAAACAGGAGGCGGAGCCAGAGACCCCUAACAUUAAAGAAGAAAAUCAAGAAGUUCAUAUCCUCAAGUGUCCAAUGGGUGUAAAGAGCGAAGAAGACGAAGGUCUAAGCAAUGAGAGCGGAGCAGCGAAAUCUUCGAGUGACAGCUCGUUUCAGCACCUGACAACAAAAGGAGAGGGACGAUCGCAACCGGACGGCCUUUUAGCUCCGCUUUCGGACAGCGAAGACAUAACGUCACAUUCUUCUGACUUUAAUACUGAUGAGGAGGAUUAUGACUUUGACCAAAAUGCUUCAAAAUCCUUAAUUAAGUCAUCACUAAAAAGAGACGCAAAAGAAAGCACGGUUGGGAAACCUUUUACCUGCUCACUUUGCGAUAAAACAUUUCCUUGGAAAUGCGACUUAAAGGAACACAUGCGUACACACACUGGAGAGAAGCCUUUUGUGUGCACGUGUUGUGGUAAACGAUUCACUCAGAAGGGACAUUUAGUUUUGCACACAAGAAACCACACUGGAGAGAAGCCUUUUGCCUGCACACUAUGUGGUAAAAAAUUCUUCACGAAGGCAAAUUUAAACAUUCACACAAGAAGACACACUGGAGAGAAGCCUUUUGCCUGCACACUAUGUGGUAAAAGAUUCCUCAAGAAGAGUUGUUUAAAUAGACAUACAAGAAACCACACCGGAGAGAAGCCUUUUGCCUGCACACUUUGUGUUAAAAGAUUCAAUCAGACGAGUGAUUUAGAAAGGCAUAAGCGUACACACACUGGAGAAAAGCCUUUUGCCUGCUCACUUUGUGAUAAAAGAUUCUUCGAUGAGAGAGGUUUAAACAGACACGCAAGCACACACACUGGAGAGAAGCCUUUCGCCUGCACACUUUGUGAUAAAAAGUUCUUCAAGAAGGCAAAUUUGAACAUUCACACAAGAACACACACUGGAGAAAAGCCUUUUGCCUGCUCAUUUUGUAGUAAAAGAUACGCUGAGAAGACUGAUUUAGAAAGGCAUAAGCGUACACACACUGGAGAAAAGCCUUUUGCCUGCUCACUUUGUGGUAAAAGAUUCUUCGAUAAGAGAGGUUUACACAGACACACAAGCAGACACACUGACGAGAAGCCUUUCGCCUGCACAUUUUGCGAGAGAAGAUUUAUUCAGAAGACUGAUUUAGAAAAGCAUAAGCGUACACACACUAUAGAAAAGCCUUUUGCCUGCGCACUUUGUGAUAGAAAAUUCUUCACGAAGGCAACUUUAAACGUUCACACAAGAACACACACUGGAGAGAAGCCUUUCGCCUGCACACUUUGCGAUAAAAGAUUUUCUCAAAAGACUCAUUUAAAAGUACAUCAGCGCACACACUCUGGAGAAAAACCUUUUGCAUGCUCACUUUGUGGUAAACUGUUCGCUCAGAAAGGAAAUUUAGUAAAGCACGCAAGAAGCCACACUGAGUAAAAACCUUUGAAUUGCAGCGUGUGACAAAAUAUUCUGAUUCCUGCAGUUACAGUGAGAAAAGCGUUUCAAUUUUCUUAUUCAGUUUUCCUUGAGCCCCUUUUGAAAAAAUUGUUGAAAUGAUUUUUCAGCUGCUGUUCUUUUCCACAACUAUCCAAUAUACAGGUAUAUGGCGGAAAACACCCACAAGGAUGAAAAAGCAGUUUCUAUUCUUACACCCCUCAUUGCAAUAAA